AUGACGUCGCUAUUUGCAGAGUUCAAGAAGGCUCAGUCUACGGGCUCAGGCGAGGCGCUGGCGGCAACGCUGAACCCCGUCGACAUACCGCGUCUGCGGGCGUUCUACAAUACCACCAACAGCCUCAGCGUCGCCUCAGAUAUCAGAUACGGCCUCCUUCAGGACCGAGUGACGGGAACAAAACUGCCCAAGCAGGAAGGCAAUGCCUGGGUCGACAUUUACAUUGCCUUCUGGAAAGCUGCCGGAGAGCUGGUAAAGCUCGAUGACCCCAACUUCGCCCUGAGUGGCAGGGGAACCUGGACAGCUCUCUUUGGCCACUGGAAGGACAUCGCAGUCCUGCUGAAUACAAACUACUCAAGUUCCACUCUGGAAGCCUGGACUCUGCCUGUUUUAUACGUGGUUGGCAAGUAUCUGCGGAUAUUCGCUAUCAAGGCCGAUGCAGAGGCCGCGCAGGAUCCCGCUUCUACUUUUAACGAUGGAUUCCAAGACGACAUCGUUGGAGACGUGAGCAAGAAUGCAAAGCUGGAAGAGACUUCACGGAUAAUCAGCAGAAUGUACACUGUGUGUCUCCAUGACAGGUAUGCAUUAGAUGUUGUUCGUCUUAUUGUCCUUCCAUCGUCUGGUUGUAUUCUGAGUUUUCUCUUUGUAUCUAAUAGGGCCCCUAUCGAAGAAUCUCGUAAAUGGGGAGUUUAUAACACCAUCAAUCUUGCGUUUAAGACGUACUUCAAGCUGGGCUCCAUACCACCUUGUAGGAACUUGCUCUCCGCAAUGAAAGCAUCCCAGGCCGAACUACCGCCAAUGGAAGCCUUUCCUAAGUCUCACAUCGUCACCUUCAAGUACUAUCUCGGUGUCAUCUGCUUCCUAGAAGAAGGUUAUGUAGAGGCCGAGGAACACCUAACAGCUGCCUGGGAACUUUGCCGCGCGGAUUCACAUCGAAACAGAGAACUCAUCCUGACAUACCUUAUACCCUGCCAUAUUGUUAAUACAAAUACCCUCCCAUCAGCCCGUCUGCUGUCCAGAUACCCCCGUAUAGAAAGACUGUUUGGCCCACUCAGCAAAUGCAUCCGUAAAGGAGACCUGGCUGGCGUCGAUGCAGCUAUGGCCGGCAGUGAAAACGAAUUUGUCAAGCGACGGAUCUACCUCCCCAUUGAACGAGGUCGGGAUCUCGCUAUUAGAAACUUAUUUAGAAAAGUAUUCAUUGCCGGUGGGUAUGAUCCGCCAGUAAACGGUCAGCCACCGAUCAGACGGACGAGAGUGCCAGUUAAAGAGUUCGCAGCUGCAAUGAGACUAGGCACAGGAAACACGCAGCAGAAAUCCAAGGUGGACUUGGAUGAAGUUGAGUGUUACCUCUCAAAUAUGAUUUACAAGAACCUUAUGAAGGGAUACAUCGCCCGUGAGCGAGGAAUAGUGGUGUUAAGUAAGGGUGGCACAGCAUUCCCUGGCACUGGCGUAUAA